AAUUAUUGUAUAAAGUCAUACCCUUUUCCCAUCUUUCAAUUAUAUAUGCAUCUCUUUUCUCUCCUUAUAAUUCCUCCAAAAAUAUUAUUACGACCGUUGGCAUUGACCAUGGAAGACGAUCAUGAAGAUGAACACUGCAACACAGGGCUCGGUCUUAAACUGGGCAUGACUCACUAUGUGCCAAAAGAGCAAAAGAGGCACAAUAAGGACAAGUCUAGGGUUUGCUUGGACCUCUCUUUUACCCUUCGCCCUAAAGAUGAAGAAGAAGAAGAAGAGGCCAUCAGCGUACGAUCUGGGUCAAGUUUCAAAUCAGUUCAUCAUCAAGACGAUGAAGAUCAUGCAACUAAUAAAGGAAACGACUUCAUUAGCAUAAACAAGAACAGCAGUAGGAAAAAACUGAGGCUGACUAAAGAACAAUCCACUUUGCUCGAGGACAGCUUCAAGCUGCAUACCGCUCUCAAUCCCGCACAGAAGCAUGAACUUGCUGAGCGAUUAAGUUUGACGGCAAGACAAGUUGAAGUUUGGUUUCAGAAUCGGAGGGCAAGGACCAAACUGAAGCAAACAGAGGCAGACUGCGAAUUCUUGAAAAGAUGCUGCGAAAGUUUGAGCGAAGAAAACACAAGACUGAAGAAAGAAUUGCAAAAACUACGCUCUCUAAGACUCAUUGAAAGAUCUCCAUUGUGCCUUCAUCUUCCAGCGUGCCCUUCCUGGGAGAAAUCCACUGCUUUUGGAUGUGGUCCUCUUCACCAGCAAUAAAUCUCAUAGCCCUUUAUAUUAAUGAUUUUAUCAAUAAUAGGGCAUUUUAUUCUCACCUAACAAUAAUCAAGUUUCAAACUUUAAUUAUAAUUCAAUCCUUUCCAUUUA